AACCGGGUCUGCGCUUGGCACUGCACAUUUGGUUGAAAAAGUUCGAGGCGUGUGGCUGUACAUCCGCGUGAAGUGGGCUGAUAAUUUUACUUUCCCAGUGUGAAAAAGCACGAAAUUGGUGAAUUUUGUGCCUUUGCUGCGUGCGUGAGUGGUAGAAGGUUGGAAAUUACCGGUGCUGUCUAGUGGAAGUUUGUGUGAAUUAGGUUUUUGAAGCGCAUCGCUUGAAUCAUGAGUGAAAAGCAGGACCCACAAAAUGGCGAUCACCAGAACGGCCGCAACGAUGAUGAUGAGAUUCGCGAACCGGAACAUCUGCGUAAGCUGUUCAUCGGCGGUCUCGACUACCGCACCACGGACGAUACGCUGAAGGCGUACUUCGAGAAAUGGGGCAAGGUGGUGGAUGUGGUCGUCAUGAAGGACCCGAAAACGAAGCGUAGCCGCGGGUUCGGGUUCAUCACCUACUCGAAAUCGUACAUGAUUGACGACGCGCAGGCAAGCCGGCCGCACAAGAUCGAUGGGCGCGUGGUCGAGCCGAAGCGGGCCGUUCCGCGACAGGACAUCAACCGUCCGGAGGCCGGCUCGUCGGUGAAGAAGCUGUUCGUCGGCGGUCUGCGCGAUGACUUCGACGAGGAGCAUCUGCGUGAGUACUUCUCCAAGUACGGCAACGUUAUUUCGGCCUGCAUUGUUACAGAUAAGGAUAACGGCAAGAAGCGUGGCUUCGGUUUCGUCGAGUUCGACGAUUACGAUCCGGUGGACAAAAUCAUCUUGCAAAAAAGCCACACCAUCCAGAACAAGCUGCUGGAUGUGAAGAAAGCACUGCCAAAGCAAGAUAUGGACCGGUACAAGAACGACAUGGGUCGUACCGGUGGUGGUGGCGGUGGCGGCGGUGGUGGCGGUGCCUGGGGCAACCAGCGCGGCAGCGGUGGUGGCGGCUGGAACAGCCAGCGCGGUAGUGGUGGUGGUGGUGGUGGCGGCUGGGGUAACCAGCGCGGUGGUGCGGCGAACGAUUGGAACAGCGGUGGGUUCAAUAAUGGUGGCGGUUUCAAUAACGGUGGCUUCAACAAUGGCGGCAACAACUGGAACAACGGUGGCGGCAAUCCGUGGGACAAUGGGUGCGGUUCGCAGGGUCAGGGCGGCUGGGGCAACAACGGUGGCAAUUGGGGCGGCAACAGUGGCGGCGGUGGUGGCGGAUGGGGUGGCAAUGAGUUCGGAAAUAACUACCAGCAAGGAUACAACGCCGGUCCGGUGCGCGCCGGGGGCAAUUUCAACCAGCGAGCGGCACCCUACGGUACCGACGGUAGCUAUUAUGGCACGUACUAGUCGAUAGCUAACCGAUUAACUUGCGUUUCCAGGCAACCAAGGGGCUGGUCGCAGCGGAAGGUACGGCACUAGCCGUAUGCAUUAACUUUGACGAGAAGAGAGAGAGAGAGAGAAAAAGAAAGGGUGGAUGAUGUCCCGUAAGAUUGAAUAAGUAAGAAUGCCUAUGCUCACUUUGCCUAUCAACUUCAAACUGUCUAUUUCUCGUUGUGCAUAUGCUGAAGCCAAAAUAACUGCUCUUACCACAUGUUUCUUGCGUCUUGCGCCGGGUUCACAUACACCGCAUCGCGUACACGAACGUGUGUGCGAUAGCGAUCGUUAACGAACUCUCUCCGACAACCACCGUUCGCUCGCUCACCACCGUGUUCUGUCUUCUAACCACGCCAUACACCUGUCCACUGUUGUUGACCGCCCCCCAUACCCCCUCCACCCUCAGCCGCCGAUCGCACAAGUCGCUAACGCAAUGUGUCCCCAGUUGUAUCUUUGUGCGUCCCAUCGUCUCUUUCCCAUCCACAGCACAGCCACCACACACAAGCAAGUGCAACGCGCGGCUCUUCAAAGGUAAAUAUGAAAACAUUUUUCUUUUCAGUGUGACACAUUCAUUAUCGCAACCUGAAGCUCCAUUUUUUAGUUCAUGCAUUACUUUAUCCAUUUUUGUUGUACAUCAAUUUUAUUGAAAUCAUUCUUUUAUUGAGCAAUUGAACAAAUUGUUUACAUUAUUUCUCCUUAUCGUUUUGCAUCCAGUGUACGACUUGGGUGGUAUUAUUUCCUUAUCAUGAAAUAUGUGUGUGUGUGUGUCCCAAUUUUGACUAGACUUGUUCUUUUAAGGCUUUACAAGUGACAUUCGUAGGAUAAAGGCGAAAAAAGCGAAGAAGGUGUAGCUAACAAUAUCCAGAUUGUGAUGACGUGCACCAAGUAUUAUCUGCGUGUGUGUGUGUAUGUUUGUGUGUUUGUGAGAGAGUGCGUGUGAUUACAGGAUUUGUCCUGUAAUUUUACAGCAGUAACACAGAAGUGGAGUUUUCCCCAUUGCCACCGAUAAUUGCCCACCAGUCGAAGUGAUAUUGUAAAGCGAGCUUCUUUACCCUUCGAUUUACUGACACUUGGUCACAGCAUAUAACAGUUUGGCUGUAAGAUUUAUUUUACCCAUUUCCCGUGUCUAUGCAUUGUAUUUUAAACCAUUUCAGUAUUUUGUUUCUCUUAAACUUUAGCCCAUCUACGGCAAUUUAGGGUAGCUCGUGAUACGACUGCAUUGAACAUUUGACACUAAAAUCUCUAAUUUCCAAAACCAUUUGUAUUUCUCUUCAUUCCUAUCAGGUACAAAGCAAAGUUUUAGAAAGAGGCUAGAGCAAAAAAAGAAAAAAAGGUACAUUACAUACUCAGUCACAGUGAGCAAAACAAAACCUUACUCAGGCAGAGGCACAGUGUGUGCGUGUGUUUGGGAUGUCAAAGUAUGCAUGACAAAAAAACAGAGAACAGACGUGCAUUACCGUAUAAAAGGGAUCGAUGGGAGAGGACAGUCAUUCGAAAAGUGUGGAGGUUCAAUCGAUAGGAGCUUCUUCACCCAAGCCAGCACAUUAACAACAGGAAGGAGAGUGCAGGAGGGCGCGCGUGCACACACAAACACACAGGCGAGAUGAAGGACAGUGACGAGAGAGAUAUAUUGAGUAGUGGAGAAGGUACCUACGCGCAUUCAUUUGCCAGGAUCUCAGCUCCACCUUGCUCUAUAGACUAGUCCGCAUUAACCCAGCAAACAUCAGGCGCGUGCAACCCUUCCCUCGUCAGAGUUUGAGCGGUUUUCUUCAGAUCGACGUACAAAGCAUGUCUAAUGUGUAUGAGUGGUUAGAGCUGUCGCAUCCAUCCCAGGAAAGCAGCUGCAUUAUCCGCAGCACCACACAACAGGAAAGCAGUCGACUUAGAGGCACAUUGAGUGUAGCAUAUGACAGUGAUAGAGAGAUACACAUGAGAACAGCAUUUGAACAACUUCAUUGCUUGCUUAACGGCUUAAGUUUUGCCCCGGUGGUGGUCACCGACAUCGUUGCUCUAGUAUGUGUUCCCUUUCCUCCUAUUUCUCGUCUUACCGGGCAGCGGUGGUUUUACAAGAUCGGAUGAGAAUGAGUCGUUAAGAGAAGAAGUAUAUAGACAACAACGCAGGUCUCUCAUUUUAUACGAACACUGCUGUAGAAAGGCGGAAAUAAAAGUCUUAGCGCGUUUUAGCGUUUGACCUUUUUGAGUGUAGCGCUACAACUGACUUGGAUGAAAAAUAUAUCCCCUGCGAGUAAAAUUUGAGUAAAACAUACAAAAACAGGAAAAGAAGAAAUAUACCGAUGAGCAGCAGGAAAACAAAUCUUAAAAACAUACAACACACCAACACAAAAUGGCUCGGUGGUGGUGUGUGUAAAUCUCUCAACUACCUUCAUUGUUGGUGUACAAGCACAGUAACAACCCUUGUGUUUGCUAUGAAACGGAUAGCAAGUAUAUUAUAUUUAUUAACUAUAAAUGUAUAGAUGUAUGGAAGUAUAAACUAGACUAGAGUUUAAGACCAGGGAUUGCUCGGUAAGCGAAGUUUGAUUUACACUACAAAAGAAUUUAACCAGUUUUAUACAUAGCCAUCCCCACAUAAAUACACAAACUCUGACACACUUUCACAGCUAACAAUCGUACAUCAGCUUCUUGUCGUUCAAAGACACAGAUGGUUGUUUUUCACUUCAAAUAGGAAACAAAAGAGAAAAAUGCAACUAGCUUUGAGUUUCAAAGCGACGGUAAAAAAAAAAAAUUAGAACAAUCGAAAAAGUUCAGUUAUAAAAACAAACACAGAAGAUAUAGCGCAAGAGUAGACAAGUAUAAAGUACUAAUUUAGGAAAUGAUGAGAAAGGAAAAAAGGAGAAAUCGUCCAUAAAAACAACAUGACUAGGAAGUUGAGACAACAGGAACGAAAAUCGUAAAAAUGAUACAGAGCGUAUAAUCGUGUACACUGAACACACAGACCACAAGCAGAGUUAUUCAUACAUAUUUGAUUGUAUAUAGAUUGACGUUUGUCUUUUUCGUAAGGUAUAAAAUGAUUUUUUUUAAAUAUCAUUGAGUUCUCCAUCGUCGCACUGCUCGCAAUAGAUGAGUUUUAGUACACUAGUUUGGUUCGAUUAAAAUGGUAUGGAUAUAUAGACUAGCGCCGCUCUAAAGCAAAUAAAAAGCAAUAGGAAAAAAUGAUAGGUUUCGGUUGUGUUAUGUAGCAGCAAUUAUCGUUUUCUAACGUAUCAAUAGUAAACCAAUUUCUUACGUCGAGGAAUCACUCUUAUUAGAUUCAUAAUGAUAACAUUUGAGUGAUCCUGAUCAUAUCGAUAGAGAUACCACACAACAUAAUAACCUUGCUAAAACCACCCCCUGUGCCCCGUUUAUUUUAGUUUUUUUUUCUGGUACAACAGCAUAUUCACGUGUAUAACCUACCAACCCCCCCUAAUAAUUAUAAUAAUUAUCUCUCCGGUGCGAGAGGAGAAAGAGGGAACACAAAACAAAACAAAUACAAAAACGAAACCAAGCUAUAGCUGGAGAAGAAGCAUCUUUUGAGAGUAAGAUCAUGUCGCAGUAAAACAAAAAUAAAUUAGAAAAGAGUAUAGAAUCGUCCGUA